UCACUGAAAAAUAAGACAAAAGUCAAAACACGGUCGUAAAUCAAAUUGGUAACCUUUUUACUAAAAUACCUAGCGAUAAUAAAUUAAUAAAUUUUAAUAAUUAUGCCCCUCAAUUUAUCAGGCGUACGCCAGUAUUUAGGUGAAUUAAGGAUUUGGGGUGGUUUACACAAAGAUCAGGCUGAAAAAUACCGCAACGUAUUGCGAGAAAUACUUCAAAACCCUGAGGAAGAAGUGGCUGAUUGUUUAAAAGCUUUUGUGGAAGCAAUUGUAAAUGAAAAUGUAAGCUUGGUGAUAUCCCGGCAGCUUCUAACAGAUGUCAGCACUCACCUAGCUGUGCUACCAGAUAGUGUGUCACAAGAUGUGUCUCACUCUGCGCUUGAUGUGAUACAACCAAGAGUUAUAUCAUUUGAGGAACAGGUUGCCAGUAUCAGACAGCAUCUGGCUGACAUUUAUGAGCGCAAUCAAAACUGGAAGGAGGCUGCAAAUGUUCUUGUUGGAAUACCUCUAGAGACUGGACAGAAGCAAUACUCAGUAGACUAUAAACUGGAGACAUACUUGAAGAUUGCUCGCCUUUACUUGGAAGUUGAUGAUCCAGUGCAAGCAGAGGCCUAUGUGAACAGAGCAUCUCUUUUGCAAGCAGAGACAACUAAUGAACAACUGCAGAUAUAUUACAAAGUGUGCUAUGCUAGAGUACUGGAUUAUAGAAGGAAGUUCAUAGAAGCAGCACAGAGAUAUAACGAGCUUUCCUAUCGCAAUAUCAUACAUGAUGACGAGAGAAUGACCUGCCUCAGAAAUGCGCUUAUUUGCACAGUACUAGCUUCUGCAGGUCAGCAACGCUCUAGAAUGCUGGCAACACUGUUCAAGGACGAGCGUUGCCAGCAACUGCCGGCGUAUUCCAUACUAGAGAAGAUGUAUUUGGAUCGCAUCAUCCGUCGCUCAGAACUUCAUGAAUUUGAAGCAUUAAUGCAGACUCAUCAGAAGGCAUCAACACCGGACGGAUCAACGAUACUAGACCGUGCCGUAUUCGAGCACAACUUACUCUCAGCGAGUAAACUCUAUAACAACAUAACGUUCGAAGAGCUCGGCGCUUUGCUCGAGACACCCCCAGCUCGUGCCGAACGCAUCGCUUCCCAUAUGAUCAGCGAGGCGCGGAUGAACGGAUACAUCGAUCAGAUCAGCGCUGUUGUACAUUUUGAGACACGAGAGAUCUUGCCGCAAUGGGACAAGCAAAUUCAAAGUCUUUGCUAUCAAGUCAACGGUCUCAUUGAGAAGAUCGCCGCAGCUGAACCAGAGUGGAUGGCCAAACUUAUGGAAGAAGAGAUGAUCCAGUAAUUUUUAAUUCAUAUGUAUACUUAAAAUAAACGUACUUUUAACCA